AUGGGCGCCUGUGGGAGGAAGGCCCUGACCCUGCUGAGCAGCGUCUUCGCCGUGUGUGGCCUGGGCCUGCUGGGCAUCGCCGUCAGCACGGACUACUGGCUGUACCUGGAGGAGGGCGUGGUCCUGGCCCAGAACCAGAGCACCGAGGCCAGGAUGUCGCUGCACUCGGGCCUGUGGAGGGUCUGCUUCCUGGCAGGCGAGGAGCAGGGGCGUUGCUUCACCAUCGAGUACGUGAUGCCCGCGAGCACCCAGCUGACCUCGGAGUCCACGAUCAGCGUACUAAAAAUGAUUCGCUCGGCCACCCCGUUCCCCCUGGUCAGCCUCUUCUUCAUGUUCAUCGGCUUCAUCCUGAGCAACAUUGGGCACGUCCGUCCCCACAGGACGAUCCUGGCCUUCGUCUCAGGCAUCUUCUUUAUCCUCUCGGGCCUCUCCCUCGUGGUGGGCCUGGUGCUCCACAUCUCCAGCGUCAACGACGAGAUGCUCGACAGGACCAGGGACGCGGAGACCUACUUCAGCUACAAGUACGGCUGGUCCUUCGCCUUCGCAGCCCUCUCCUUCCUGCUAACGGAGAGCGCCGGGGUGAUGUCCGUGUACCUGUUCAUGAAGAGGUACACCGCCGAGGACCUGUACCGGCCUCACCCCGGCUUCUACCGCCCGCGUCUGAGCAACUGCUCAGAUUACUCCGGCCAGUUCCUGCACCCGGACGCCUGGGCCCGGGGCCGCAGCCCCUCCGACCUCUCCAGCGACGCCUCCCUGCAGAUGAACAGCAGCUACCCGGCGCUGCUCAAGUGCCCGGACUACGACCAGAUGUCCACCUCCCCGUGCUGA